AGUGUGCUGUUGCCGAGUUGCGGCAAUAGCUCAACGCAACUGGACCAAGAAAACGCGGUCCAGCCGACGAUGGACGUAGUGAAACCCUUCCUCCGCAAAUCAAACAGAGGCACGGUACGAUCUUAGGACUCGGUCCAGUGUUCCGCCCCAGACGCUUUUCCCGCUCGGAGCCGGCUGGUUUUUCAUCUCGGAAGAACCAGGAACGGAACUCAGUUUUCCGCGCGCGUCAAGCGGUGUAUGGUCGAUAGUGCGCCACCGAGGUUUACAAGUGACAAUGCUCAGUGCCAAAGUGCUUCUCGCGACAAAGGGUGAAUGACAGGCCUCGUCCAUCGACGUCCAAAGAGAUGCUGAAUCUGAGUCAGCAAAUAAUAUGUUUGAUCUCGUGUUGCAUCCUGAUAUCGAUCUGUGAAUCUGCUCACCAUCAUGAACGUCACAUAAUCCACGUGCCGGUGUUCGUGCAUUUCGUGCACCACCACCACAAGAUCAUCCAAAAGCGGCCACGGAAGGGGAAGGGGCGCUUCAAGGGGCACGGCCCCCCGCCGCACGGCCGGCCGCCGUACAAGUCCCCCUACAGAUACAGCCACGGCUACAGCCACCACGGUCACCCGCUGCCCCCGGGCGCCUACAGGUCACUCCCGGUCAAGCACAUCAGAGUGCCCGUCCACCACCAUGUCUCGCACGCGCCGAUCCCGCGCAAGCCAGUCAAGUCAGUGCCAAAAGGGAAGGGAUUCCACCACAACCAUGUCCACGUCUACCACGCUCACCCCGGAUAAGUCGCCCCGUUUCUUCAUCUAAUUUCGUUGCUUAUUUUCACGCCACUGGUUCCAGGUUUCUUAAUUUAUCGUGACGGCAAGCUCGCAGCUCGGCGUCGGUCCAUGGAAAAAAAAAUCACGAGGUUCUUGGAUGAUAUGGACAUUUCCAAUUAAUUGGUAGUGCCCCAAUUAAUUAUGGUAGCACCCCAAUUAAUUAUGGUAGUACCCCAAUAAAUUAGGCAACUAACCCAAAUGUUGCGGCACUACCCUAACUUGAGUUGCGGUACUAAUACAAUAGAAAUAUCCAUAUAAUUAGAAAUAUCCAUAUCAUCCAGCAAAUUGGGAACGACUUCUUUAAAUUUUGUUAAAAGGACAGAGGAAGAAUCGUAUUUAGUCAUAUGUGACUACAUAUUCAUUCCUACUUCAGGUAAUGUUUUUUAAGCUUCGUGUACACAUGGUAAUGGGUGUUCAAACGCGCUUAUGAUCGCACAAAAUUUUAAUCUAUAUCCUAUUUUUCCCACUAUGUUCAGCCGCCUUAUUCCUCGUAGACACAACCCCUGAGGCAUAUAAAAAAUACGACCUCCUACGUUUUGGAACACUCUCCACGAUCUUAUGGCAUAGCAUAUCGUACAAUUUAGUUACCAUGAUCGAAUGCAUCAUUCAUGUCAUGUCAUUUCAUUGCUAUGUCAUUGUUUCCUUAAAGCAUUGUGUUUCAUCAAGAUCUAGCUUUUCAUUCUGCAGAUUUUUUAAAAUUUAAUUGCCUUCUUUCAGCACACACCGGUGAGAGGGUUAGUAUUAUAAGGGUGGAUAUAGUCAACAGUAUUAAAAAUAAGAGAAUGUGCGUUGCAUAUUUUUAUUAUUUCCAUGUAAAAAUAUUAAUUCGUGCCAAAAGAAGUGAACGCGUUCAGCUGAACAUGUAGGAUAUAAUCUUAUUCGACUAUAAUUAAGUACAUUACAGCUUUCUUUCAUAAAUCUUCUUCGACAACGACGAAAACAUGAACAUCAUUAGAUCCUCCCGUUUUCAUCAGUUUGAAUUGUAAGCGACGAUCAAUGAUUUCAGGCAUUUUAAUGCCCUUGAUACUUUUCAUAUGUAAUUUAAAUUGGGAUUAGGAAAUCACAGGAUCAUCUUAUGAUUCUUACGAUAUUUGUAAAAAAUAAUUGUUAAAAGUGUAGAUUCCCUAGUUUAGAUCAACAUUUACUUUGUCAAUUGUAAUUCAUUUUUUUCCUGUUCUAAAGUAUGAAUAUUACUAAAAUUUUCUGUCAAAAUUGUGGACUUGCGGGUGUGGAAAGGGCACUUCUUGGUUUAAGGGUUUCAGAAUUUUCUUUAAUACCGAAGAGAAUUUAGAAGAAUUUCUUAAGAAGAAAAAAAACGAAUUUGAAUAAAUAUAAAUUUAUUUGAAAAUACCAUAUAAUUUCAUGAGAUCUGUAGCAAAAAUUUCGUGUUUGCUGAUCCAAAAGUUAUCUUAGUGAAAACUUUAAAUGGGUAGUGGAGAUUUUGAGAUUACUUUAACGGAGAAAUGUCCAUUCGCACCCAAGUACUCGGUUACCAUUGACUUAUUUGUCGUGGCGAGUUCUUAAGAAAAUCCUCUUACACUCCCACAACAGUUUUUAGUGAUUUGGAUAGGAAAAUGAAAACAAUUAUAAUUAUCUGUACCAUUACCAUACCAAAAUUAUACGUUGAUCCAAAUGAAAAGUUGUAGCAUGACCGAGAGAAAAUAAAGUUACCAUUUUUACCCUCAGCA